AUGGGAACUAUUACUGGCACAUACGAUGUUAUCAUCGUAGCAUUCCAUCUUCCACGUCAACAAAUUUUGCAACUCUUGCCUGAAUCCGUAAAGCAAAAGGAACAAGAAAAGACAUUUUCAGAUAUACCCACAUCAGUAACACAAGCAGUUCUCAAAGCAGAUGCAGCAAACAAAUUCGAUUCUAAACAAGACCAUCUUGUCGUACUUCAACUGGGAUACCAAAUGUCUACCGGACCAGGACCGGAUUGGUUGCCUAAAUUAAGCUUUAGUGAAUGCAAAUUAGAGGUACCAUUCUUACAACAUCCGAGUGGGAAGUCAAAAAAGCCUUUGACGUACAAACAAACAAUCUUAUUCUCUAAUUUGCUAAUCAAGAUCGGCAGUACGAUGAGCGGUAUCACAUCCAAACUCGCAGAAUUUGAGCCCGGUGCUUCCCCUUCCAUCUUCGCACCUGAGGCUGACAUUAUUCAAUACGAUGCAGAAGACUAUCUUGCCAGCAAGUCUACCAGACAAAGCGAUAUUGACAAGACGAGCCCUUCAUGGGAAUUCUUCAAGAAUCACAGUCAGGAUUGGUGGUUCGCCGUAGGAACAGAAGACAAGGUUCAAAGCUUUGAUUUUGAGCUGGAUAAUCCGUUGAUAGGGCCAGAAGCUUAUAAAGUGGAAGUAGCCCUCAAUCUAGCAGCAUUCGCUCCGGAGUCGUCUUCAGAUACAAAUUCACUCUCAGAGAUCAAAUUUGAAGGACUUGGCUGGAGAUCCCGGGCUAAAUUCGUCUCAAAAGCUAGUGAUAUCAAUCAGCUCGAAUAGCG